GAAUGUGAAACUGAAAGUUUUAGAUUAAACGCUUUAGUAUUGCUUUUGAUUUGCUUAUGAGAUUUUUUAAAAAAGAUAAACGUACGGUCGUUUUUUUCUGUUACUUAUCUGCAAAACUGCAUAGUAAAUGUCAAACAUAACUGAAUUAUUAUGCAGCCGUACUGGAACAGUUUUAUUUGUUAGAGAUAACGUGAUUUCUGGUUUAACCUUACAUUGUCGAUAUAUAUAUAAAAAUAAACCGAAUAUGUAAUCUGAAACCCUCAGCUCACCCCUGCAUCACUUUACCCGACGAACGGUCAUAAGGUGGCUGGAUGGGUUUCGAGUUCUAAAUCAACAAUCAAGCCUCAAGAUAGGAUGUAUUUCCUAAGUUCAGGAAUUUAUUGAAAGAGGAAGUGCUUGCGUGCCGCCGACUGCGUGUCAUUAUUGUUAUUAUUUAACCCGAGUGCAAGUAGUCAGACAGCAGCACCGGCUGGCGCCCGAUGAGAAGUUCCUGCAGGAGCCCUGACGGUGUAGUGAUGGUCACAAAUAUAGCGGGUGAAAUUAACAUGGCCCGUCUCUUGUUAUUACAAGUGGUCUUGUUGCCAAGUGUUCUUGGUCUCUUCACGGUGGAAGUGGCUAGUCCAUCCUACCAGGCAGAAUUUGAUGAUUCUGUCAGUUUGGAGUGCAGAUUCGCGCCGGUGGACAGCACCUCUAAUCUGUCUGUAUUCUGGCACCGCAUCCUUCCGAAGCCCCCACUGGGCGUCUACAGCUUACAGAAUGGACAGGAGGACCUCAGCUUCCCGGACCCACACUUCAGUGGCAGAGUAGAACUCCCGAAAGAUAGCUUAAGUAGCGGAAAAGCUCUGCUUAAUAUCAACAAACUGAGGAUAAAUGACUCUGGGACAUACCAGUGUCUUGUGGAGAUGGUAGGUGCUGACUACAAGCAGACAACCCUCACUGUAAAAGCCACGUAUCAAUCAGUUAAGAAGAGCAUAAGAAGUACUGGGGGAGAUGAGGUGGAGUUGUCCUGCCAAGCAGAAGGCUACCCACUAGCCAAAGUUGUUUGGACAGACGGGAGAGGCAGAAAACUUGAGAAUGACAAUUUCACCAAUUUCACAUCUUCAGACCAGCUCAUCCACAUCACCAGCCAAGUCACCAUAAAAACCUUCAGCAACAACUACACAUGUACCGUCAUGGGGGAAAGACAGCCACAUCCAUUCGCCACAUUUACCAUUCCAGAGGAAAUACCUGGAACUUAUUCAGGAAAACCCCCUAUUGGUCUUGUGUUUCUGGCAGUCUUUGUUGUGACUGUGGUAACGGCUGUAGCCUUGCUCUUAUAUCACAGACAGAAAGGCCACAAACGACACAAUGCUUUGAGGAACAAUGAGUAUCUAAUUCAAGAAAACAUCGCUGCUGCACUGGAAGAGGGACAGGUGGGGGAACUGAGGAAGGUGCUGAAAAACAGACACGUGGAGCUUUUCGCGGAGGUGGAGGAAGGGCAGCUCAGGGCCCUUUGUGACAAUGAGUUACCUCACAGGCUACGCAGCAGGGAGGGCGUGACGGUCGACGUCACUUCUCUCCUGCCUGACGUGAGGGAGACUGUGCUCCUGGAAGGGAAGACCGGAUGUGGAAAGUCGUCUGUGGCUCUCAGCUUGGCCUCCAUCUGGGCUCAUGACUUCGACUGGGAUCCCUUUGGUGUCACACAACUCCUGCUGCUGAUCCUCGUGACCUGCAAAGGAAUAAUGGGCGACCUUUUCCAAGAGGCAGCGUCGCAGCUCAACUUGGGGGGCCAGCUCACAGCUGAGGGUCUCCGGACGCUCAUGGCAGGGCCGGUCGAGGGGCUGCUAAUCCUGGACGGGUACAGAGAAGGCAGCAAGGAACUAGAUGAAUCCCUGGCCAGGUUUCUGAGGGACAGGCAGAUAUGCCGCGUGCUGAUCACGGCACAGCCUGGUCAGUGUGGCAUUCUGGAAAAGAGCUGCGGAACCAUUCUUCAGCUCCCCAGUAUGGAACCUGAAACUCAAGGACUCUCCUGAAAGUCAUCAAGGGAUAAACUGUUGAACUGAAGGGAAGCCUUGGAAUUUUGUUUUCCCGUAGUGCCUUUGACAUGCAUGUCUGAGUGUUGAAUGUAAUCAUUUUUUUCUGUGUAUGACACACUUGACACAUAAGAUUAUGGGAGAGGAGGACUUCGAGCAUCAAUAUAUUUACAUCGUCUUGUUGCUGAAGCUCUUAUCGGGGGGCAGCGUGUGGCUCACUGGCCUAAGCCUGUGUGCCUCUAAUCGCACAGUCAGUCAGGCGGGUGGGUGGGUAAUCACACACCGGUUCAAACCCAGCCUCUGCACGUCUGUAGGUCCUUGAGCAAGGCCCUUAACCCCCAGCUCCCUGGGCGCCCCAACAGGUGGCUGCCCUUCACAGACAGCUUACUCUACAAAGAGCAGGUUGAGGGAGGCGUGAAGACAAUUAAGUAUCUAUGAUGAUUAUCUAAAAUAAGUUACAUGGACGUCAUGAAAUUCACUGCUUACAAAUAGUGUACAAUUAAUGUGCAGUGAAAACACUCAGAUUAGUCGCACUGCUGCAGGAGGGGUUUUAAAUUGGACUGAUACAUCACACACUGCAUUAAGUACUGGUCCUGAGAAAAAGAAUGAGGCUGUUAAGGAGAGGAGAGUAAUCCUAGCUGCACACACAAAAAGCCAGACAGAUACUCCAGUUGUUGGGUAUGCAGUGCUAAUCAGGAGCUGUUACGUGAGGGUCAUUCCAGACAAAGGCAAUACUCCAAUAGCAGAAGAAUUUCUAUAUGCAGUUUUCAGCCAGGCAGGGAGAAGUGAAUCAGUCGAAACACUUCCCUGUAGCUUAGCUAGCAGUGCAUUAAGCAACACAAAGGUUGUGGAUUCAAAUCCCAGGCAGCACAAAUGAACUGUAGCUUUUCCAUCUACUGCUGUGGAUGAAAGUGUCUGAUGAAAUACUGUAAAGGAAUGUAAAGCAGGAGCCAAAAGACUGGGGAUCGGUCAUCGAUAGCUGGGGAAAGGGAAGAGAAUGCGAUGUACUGUAGCUAAUGGCAGAGUUUCCAUUCACUGAUAAUCAUUUACCGGUAUUUCAUAAUCAUUUUAAUGAUUGCUGUUAUGGAUGUUUAUGAAUCAGCCAAUCACGUACAUUGAUACUGGGGAUAUGAAUCUCAUUUUAUACUGUCUACUGGGCUAUAACAAAUGUAGUGAACUGUUUAUUGUUUGAUGACUCCUGUAGAUUCAACAUGAUAUAGAUUCAAAUGCGUGUGAAGCAUACGUGUGGGACUGUUGAAUCCUUGAAAACACUGCAUUGCAUUACUGAAUGUACAGCUGUGUGAAUUAAUAUAUGAAGGUCAUAGUAACCAAUAAAUAGUAUUCAUAAAUGAA